AUGGAGUCUCUGAAAGGACAAACACGGGGAGAGGAGUUGUUUGAACGGGUGUCUGCUGCCAUCGAAAACAUGAAGCUUUCCUGGAGUAAGCUUGUUAACGUCACCACAGAUGGAUCUCCGAAUUUAAAGGGAAAAAACAUUGGCCUGCUGAGGAGAAUCCAGAAUAAAGUGAAAGAUGAAAACCCUGACCAGAAUGUCAUUUUCCUCCACUGCAUCCUCCACCAGGAAUCUCUAUGUAAAUCGGUGUUACAGCUGAAUCAUGUUGUGAAUCCUGUGGUGAAACUUGUCAACUUCAUACGCACAUGGGGACUUCAGCACCGUCAGUUCAUUGUGUUCCUGGAGGAAACUGAUGCGGAUCACCAGGACCUGCUUUAUCACUCCCGUGUCCGCUGGUUGAGUUUGGGCAAAGUGUUUCAACGAGUGUGGGAGCUCAAAGAGAAGAUUGGCGUGUUUUUGGAGUGGCAGGGGAAGAAUGAUGAAUUUCCUGAGCUGAGCAACAAGAGCUGGAUGUGUGACUUUGUGUUUGCUACGGACGUAUGUUCACACUUGAAUGAGCUCAACGUGAAACUGCAGGGGAAGGAGCAGUUUGUGCAUGACAUGCACACAAACGUGAAAGCCUUCAAAUCCAAGCUGGCUUUAUUCUCCAGGCAGAUUUUGAACAAGUCAUUCACUCAUUUUCCUACACUAGCCACGCUGAAAGAGGCCGGAGCAAAAGUAAAGAAAUACACUAUUCCCGGAAACAUGAGCCAAAAUAAGGACAGAAAACAUAACUCUGGAGGUCAGAUACUCAACGUCCAUCACUCAGAAUUUCAGGAGGACGACUUAGAGGGUGGCAGCACAAUGGUCCAAAAUGAAAAAGUUCUGGGGGUCGACCUGGAGGUUGAUGGCUUAACAGUCCAUGCUUAUGCAACUCUGGGGGUCGACCCGGAGGCCUGUGGCGGUGACUGUGAGUAG